AUGUCACUCGUAGUGUACGUCGUUUUAUUAUUAUUGGCCACUAGUACAUGGUGUCAAAUUUUUCCCAAAGCUCUGGUGUUUGAAGGAUUGGGCUUACCCGAUAUGAUAAAUAGUUCAAUUCCCGGUGAAAACCGUACUGACACCACCACGGUGACCGAAGGAGAUUUGAAAAAUGCAUUAGUGACGAUGAAUUUCCACAGGUACAAUUUGUGUUUACAAUAUUUAUGAUCCUAUAAUUGCAAUAUAUAUUUUUUAUAUUUUUUAAUGAUAUGUUGUUAUAAUUUAUACUGUCACAGUACAGGAUAAAUACAAAUUGAAAAUUUUUCAAGAGAUCAUUUUCUAACUAUAUAUCGUAACUAGGUAUUACACUGUGAAUUUGUUAAUGUUUACUUGUAAAUAAUGAACUAUAUCAACCAUUUCAUAUAAAUAACGAUUUUAAACGAAGUUCUGUUGAUAGUGAUGCUUUUUAAAGAAUAUAGAUGUCAUAUUAGGGUAAAAUAAUUAAAUAGGCAUUAUAUAUUUUCGUUAAUAAUAUUUUUUUAAUGUUGUACUGAGUUUUUCUGUUUUCCUCAGUUUUCCCAUGUUUUAUCCCAAUUUUUCACAUUUGCUGGAAAAAUUCCUGAUAAAAUCGAAAAAUAACUUUUUUAAAAUACGUCUCUAGUGAAAUUUCUUUUUAGAAACAUUGCUAUCAUUAACAAUUGGAGCGAAAUUGAUAGUUGAAAAGUUGUGAACAGGAAAAAAAAAUCGCAAUAUUUUCGUAAUAUAUUUCCUAAAUUUUUCCGUUUUUUUCGGUUAUUCAAAUUCAGUGAUAAAACUCUUGACAAAAUCGAAAAAUGACCUCUUUAAGGUAUCUCCUUACACCAAUUUGUUUUCAGAAAAGGUGCUAUACUUAGAAAUCUGAGCAAGUCUUCUUAUAGAAAAGUUGUGCAUAAAAAAUAAAAGAUAAAAAAUUUAAAAAAUAAACAUCUUUGUAAAACCAUAUAAGCUUCUUCGUUCUACUCAGAAUUUAAAAUUAUGCUGAAAUUCCUAUACUUUUUUUGUUGAGGAAUUCCUUGUUUAUUUGUGUUCACCUGAGACGAAAUAGUUAUUGGUUUAUUUACAUUUUUGAUAGUCAGCUAUUUAGUUUUUUAUUUAUUUAUGGUUCAUUCAUUGGCUCUGUAUGAUAAGGUUAACUUAACCUGAUAUAUAUCAGGUUAUAUAUUUCUAUUUAUAACCUAUAUAUAUACAAGGUGAUUUUUUUUAUCAUGAACCAGUAAUUAUUAUUUCAGAGGAUUUUUAAUGAAUUUUAUUUCUGUUUUUUUUCUAAUCAUUCUAUUAAUCUACUUUAUUUUAAAAUCAUUUUAAAUUUUGGAGCGAAGAUGCAAAUGAUUUUACAAAGAUGUUUACUUUUUUUUUUCUGUGAUCAACUUUUUAAGUGUAGCACCUUUUCUGAAAAAAUCGAACUGGAGAGGUACUUAAGGAAGGUCAUUUUUUGAUUUUCUUAACAAAUUAGAAAAACCAGGAAAAAAACGGUAAAACAAGUAUUAUUAAAGAAAAUAUACAGUGCAUAUUAUAUAAGUAUUUUAUCAUAAUAUUACAUAUAUAUUGUAAAUAAAGCAACCCUAUCAACUGAACUCCGCUCAGAAUCGUUUUUCGUUAGAAAUAGUUUAUCGUUACUUACAUAUAUAAAAUACAUUAUAUUUUCCCUCUGCUACCUUUCUAACUUCUCAUCCACGUACGUCGCGCCAAGUUUGAUGUUGUCUUGCUUUUAAAUUGUUUACUCCUACUCCAUGUACCCUACUAUCCUAGUCGUCACAUAUUCCGAACUUCCCACCUACAAGAGUGACCAAUCCAUAAGCAGUAUUCUACACGAAGAGUGUAGUUUUUUUUUUUUUUAAUUAGAAUCAGUGGUUUAAUUGCGAAGGGAGGCGAAAGGUGAUGGAAUCGCCUUUAUUAUUUAUUUUAAGAUAAUGCACCCUCCUUAAUAUAAGUCUUCCAAGUCCGGGGGACGCUUGACAAAACAUUUUUUUUUUUAAAUUCACAUUCUACAUUAGUUUUAAUAAUUUAUUAAUAUAAACGCUAUAUUUAAUUAUAGUUAGAUAUCUAUAGAUACCCUAUUGCUCGUGUAUAGAUAAUCUGAUAAACGCGCACACGGACCGUCCGUGAAAAUAAACCAGUUAAGCAACGACACAAUAUUAUUGUACCAAUAAAAUUGAUGCGAUAUUAAGAAUGACUAUGAUAGAAAAUAAUGAUCUAUAGUCAUGAUGACAAUUGUAAUUCAUCCUAAUUAAUUAUUAAUAUAAGUUGGCAUAUUUUGGUUUUUUUGUUUUCGGUGAUAUCCAUGGUGUAUUUUUUAUCAGUUAUAAGUAAUACAAGUAGAUAAGUUAAUAGAUAGCUCAGUAGAUAAGUUGAUACGUUAUACUAUUUUAUUGUAUACCUAUGCAAUUAAAAUUAAAACAACUUUAAAAUUUAAAUAUAUUUUUUUUUAAAUUUGAGGCUAUGAAUUGUUAUUUAUUAUUUUUGCCGAGCAAAUAAAUAAAUAAAUAAUACAUAAAUGCAUAAUAAGUAUAGGAUCAUUUUUUUUAGAUUAAAAUAUAUUUUAAAAACCUUUUAAAAUACAUUUUUAUGAACAAGGAUCUAUGAGAAAAAAAUGAUAAAGGUUUAGACCUCGUGGGCUUAUUAAAAUAGUUUGGUGGGAUAUAAGUACUCAGGAACGCUCUUCAAUUUUCGGUGAUUACAGUCCCCUCUCAAAAUUUUUCCCACUUUAACCACUACUUAGAAUUAUAAAAAUUAGGAAUUAAAUUCGUUAGGUAAAUAAAUUACAAUUUAAGUUGUAUAAUGAUUCGGUCAAACAUAACAUAUCGCCUAAUGCAGUGUUCCUCAACCUUUGUUACACAACGCCCCUUUUAGAUUGUUAAAAACUCAAACCAUUUCGCCCCCCCUCCCCCGAUAAAUUAAAAAAGAUAAUUAUAGUUUAAUUUUUAAAAUCAGCCAUUUAAUUAAAGUGAAAAAUAAAUAUUUUCUAAAAUUUUUGUUCUCGGACAUUAUAUUAUAACUUUGUGUAUUCAAUGCAAUUAUACGACUGCCGAAAAUAUCCGUAUGAUAGUAGAUCAAACGAAGUUAAUAGGCAUCGAUACGAUAAUAUUAAAGCUUUUAUUUCCAUUUUGCUGCUAUUUAAUGUGUAUAAAUAAUAAAAUUAGUGUUUUAAAUUCUGAGUGGAGCAAAGAAGCUUCUAGUUUUACAAAGAUGUUUAUUUUUUUUUUUAUUUGUGCACAACUUUUCUAUCAGGAGAAUUGCUCGGAUUUCAACGUGUAAUACAUUUUAUGAAAGGAAAUAGACAUAAGGAGGUACUUAAAGAAGUCAUUUUUCAAUUUCCUCAGAAGUUUUCUCAUCAAAUUUGAAAAACCUUCUACGGAAAAUUUAAGAAAUAUAUUAUUAAAAUAUUACGAUUUUUUUUCCUGUGCACAACUUUUCUAACAUUUUAUGAUAGUCAUGUUUCUAAAAGAAAAUUUCACUAACGAGGUACUUUAAAUCGUUCAUUUUUCGAUUUUACCAAGUGUUUUUCCAGCAAAUGUGAAAACUCGGAACAAACUAUAGGAAAACCGGGAAAAACGUAGGUAGAUUGGGAAACUUAGUACAACAUUAAAUAUAUAUUAUUAAAAAAAAUAUAUAAAGCUUAUUUAAUUAUUUUACUAUAAACUGGCGUAUAUAUUGUUGACAAAGCAUCACUAUCAACUGAACUUUGCUCAGAAUCGUUUUUUCGUAAGUAAUAGUUUAUUGUUGCUUACAGAUUUACAUUCAAUUAUCUAUAACAGUGACUACACUCGUUCCAAUUACCUUAGGACAUCUUUUUUUUUGUUUUAAGCAGUUAUACAUUUCACUGCAAUAAUUUAUGAGUCGAGUCCGCUUUUAUUUAUUUAAUAAUAAUAUAAUUGUUUAUAAUGAUAUCGAAAAAUUUGUAUAAUAAAAGUAAAGUAACCUCUUCCUCCCUCUUAGGGCGUCAUCAAGUAUAAAUCCCCUUUCAAAAUUAAGCUCACAAAUGGGCAGUAUCAUUUAUGUUGGGAAUCACUGGUCUGUUUUAAUGUAAUAAUUGAUUCUAGUUUUAAUUAACUUAUGGUAACAAAAAGAAAUACUGUUGUAGAGAAAAGAUAAACGAUUAUCUCUGCCGGCAAUUCAUCGUUGACAGAAUAUUAAAAGACAUUUCAGACGGUACCGAUUAUUAUGUAUCGACCGAAAGCCGUUCAAUGCCGUUAGAUAAUUUUGGUGUAAGUAAAACGAUGACAAUGCAGACGGAUCAAGGUUCUUCGGCUUAUAAUACAUGGCUGAUCAAGUAUGUGCACUGAAAAAACUAUAGUAAUUUAAUUGCGGACAAAUUGUUUUCAUGUUUUUUUUUAUAGAACUAAACUAUUAAAAAGAAUUUACGACGAGUACGACUUGAAUAUCAAAGCGCAAGAAAACCCUGUUGGGUUUACAUCGAAAUAUUAUAACGACAGUAGGUGCCUAUAUCCAUCCUAUUAUAUAAUUAUAUAAUUAACCGUUAUUCGAAUGUAUGUCCGUGUAUAAAUUGAAUAAUUAUUUUCUAGGUUCCGCAGAACAUGAUGACGUUACUGUAAAAAACUCAGAUAUCGCAAACGAUUUGAAACAACCUCAACAACCGGAAGAAGGUAUACCUUUAUACUCACUAUACCUUUAUUAUAUAGUUUAACGAACAGUUUUAAAUUUAAACGUAAAUUAAGUAACUAAAAAUGUUUCAAACGUAUGUAAACUGUGUUAGUAUGUUUAGUGUUGCACACCGAUAGCAUGCAUGCAACAACAAUUAUAACAUAAUAUAUAUAUGUAAAAAAAAAUAAACAAUAAAGGUGUAGGAGAAUAAAAAUACAUAAAAAAAAACAAAUUGCGACAUAAUAUUACAAUAUGUACACAUAGUGUGUCGAGCCCAUUAACAUGAUAGGAUUAAAAACCGUUAUUAUUACGUAAAGAUAAUCGUCCAAACCCAGAAUAAAAAUAUUUGGGGUGAAAUAUCAAGAAAAAAGUUAAACAAAGAUAUUUUUUAAUUUUUUUAAUAAAACAUAAAAAUUAAAUUAAAAUAUAAUAUUUGUAGUCCUUAUUUCUGUGAGUAAUAUAUAUAAAAAAACAUAAUUUAUUUAUCUUUAUUAUCUCAAGAAAUAAUGCAAUGGGAAUUAAUAUCUUCGUGGGGUACUCUGUAUAAUAAACUCUAAUCAAAUUUCUGCUGAAUCAAACAAUUUCUUAAACACCAAAAAAAAACUUAUGAUUUUAACAAUUUUGUUAAAACCGUGGAAGCUACAAAUAAAUCGAGAGUAGAUUUGAACAUUAGGUUUUUUUUUUGAUUUUUAUUUAUGGCCAGAUUAUAAAUCAUAAUACAAAAAUAAGAUAAUCAACAAACCGCAUAUUAUUAAAAGUUGUCAUGUCUAUAAAAGCUGUUGGUGAUCAAUUUAUUUUAUACACAAAAUGUAAUCUAGAGCAUUCCAGAGCUUGAUUUUUGAAAAUUGAUUGUAUGAAAAUAUUCUGAAUGGUUACAUCUGAAUAAUCAUAGGUAAAAUACUUUUAAAAUGUAUUAAUAGUACAUAUUCUAAUACAUACUGAAAAAAUUAUUCAGAAUUUAUAUUGGAAUACUUCUUAACAAUAGUAUUCCCAAAAUAUUCUGAAUACUUUACCAAAUGUAUUUCGAAUAUUUUAAAAAUACUAUCUAAAAAAGCUGUCCUAGGAUAAUGGGGAUAGGUGCAGCCACUGUUGUAGAUGGAAAGUUGGGGAGAUAGGAUACAGAAGGGAAUUCAAUGUAUAUCUGUAAGCAACUAUAAGCCAUUGCUACCGAAAAAACGAUUUUGAACGGAAUUCAGUGAUGCUUUUUCAGCAAUAUUUAUGUCACAUUAUAGUAAAAUAAUAAAAUAGGCAUCAUAUAUUUUCUUUAAUAAUAUUUGUUUAAUAUUGAUUUUCCAAUUUUCCCGUUUUUCCCGGUAUCCCAUGUUUUUUCUAGUUUUUUUUUUACAUUUGCUGAGAAAACUUGAGAAUACCGAAAAAGGGCCUACUUAACGUACCUUCCUAGUCACAUUUCCUUUCAGAAAAAGUGUUAUGACUACUAAAAUUUAUUUUAAUAUUCCGAAGAAAAUAUACGUAAUUUUAGGUUUUUUUUAUUAUUAUUAUUAUUAUUAUUAUUGUUAAUUUCUUCGAAAAUAUAAUGGGCCCCACUGAACAGGUUUGAAACAAUGUUUUUAAAAAAAUGUAAAGUAUCAUUUUUUAAGAAAAAGAAUGAACAGGUAUUUUAUUUUUAGAAGAAAAUGGUGACGUAGGUACAUAUGGGGUUCUGAAAAUUUUGUAAUUUGCAACCCAUUAAUUAUUUCGAAUUGGUAUUUUUUAUUGCUGUUAGCAUAAUAUUUUAAAGUGAAUAUUUGUAUGUUUUGGUUUAGAUUCGUUAUCGAGCCCCAGCGAAACAGUUAGCGUGGACAUCACACAAAGUCAAUCGUCGCAGUAUUACGAAGGUGAAAACAAAAAUGAGCAUAAUAAACCGCAACAUUCCAGUUCUACACAAUUUUCACCGCAACUCCCGUCUUCCUACGGGUCGCUUUCGCCACCAUCUCAGUAUGGAAACCCUACAGUGACGUACGGACCGCCCCCACCGUCUCAAACUUACGGACCCCCCUCGCCAACGUACGGACUCUCUUCGCUAAUGUAUGGAACCUCUUUGCCAACUUACGGUCCCCCUUUGCCCCCAGAUACGCCUCCCCCAUCGCUACCAUAUGGACCACCACCGCCGCCGUACGUACCACCACCACCGACAUCGUAUGGAACACCACCGUCAUCAUAUGGAACACCAUCGUCGCCGUCGUACAGCUAUCCUCCGUUAUAUUACUGGCAACCAUCCGCAGCCGUGGUCUCACCGGUUACCGAACCUAGUAAAUACAACACACGAAUAUAAUUUGUUUAAAAAAUUUGCAAUCGGGUAAUUUAACUAUUUUUCCAAAUUACAAUAGUUUAUUAAAAGUCAGAAAAAUUACAUGUGAAUCGAAAGGAUUUGUAUCAUUAUUUUAGUUUCAGAGCGCAGCGAGAAUUAUAUUUAUUAUAUAUUUUUUUUAUCUACGAUUUUCAUUAACUAAAUUAUUGUUUAUGUUAACUAAAUGUCUAAAUUAAUAGACACACUUUGGAAAUCCUGACCUAGAUGCAUACUGUAAUUUUUGUGAAGGGAUGUGAAAUAACCGCUUAAAUAUGUUUUAUUCCUCACACUAUAUACACUCGUAUCCAUAAAAAGGUACAAAGUCGGCAGUCAUAUUAACACACUUAAAAAAUAACUACAAAUUAUAACGUUAAAAUAAUUUUAAAAAUAUUAAAAAUAGUAUAAUUAUUUUAAAGUAUUAUAAAAUAAGACACUGUACUUAACGGUUUUUAUCAGAUUACAAUUAUUCCAUUUAAUUUUCCGUAAAAUUAUUGUUCGUCACAAAUUAUUAAAUAUUGUAAACUUCGUUUUUAAAUUUAGUUAUAUUACUUUUGUUGUGUAUAAAACUAUAAAAUAUAAAUUCCUUGAAAUCGAAAUGAAAAUGUAAUAAAAGUAUUUGAAAUAUAGGCUCAGACUUUACGACACGAGAUGCUGAAACAUUGACUAAAUCCAAUCAACUCACAAAUGCCGAGAGGAAUACUAAUAACGAUGGAGGUGAAACAACGAAUUCGGGACUCACUGCAACGGACUUAUACGACCUGACAUUAACCGCUAUUGCGUUUUUGGGGUUCGGUACAUUCGCCAUAAAUCUCGUAAUGGACGCGAUGAAGGUAAAUAUUGGGUAAGUAUUAAUUUGUGAAUUCGAUAAGUCUGAAUCGUGCUCGUGGACAUUUCAGUUUCAACCGGGAGCGACACUGUUGAUGAACUCUCAGCCAACAGCUGGCAGAGAUAUACAGGACUACGUUAAUGGUACUACUCAAGACAUUUUGGAAAUCAAUGAUUUAUCAUGGGUCGUGGUGUCGACCUUAGACAAUAUAAUGUUGCCGAUUGUGAACGGAACUUCGGUGAAUUGUGUAAAAGUAAAACAGUUGUGUCGACGGUCCAAACGACUGGUUAAAGCCGGUACUCACUUUAGUACCAAAUUAAUACCGAUUUGGAAGUAAUUCAAAACACGUUUGUAAUUAUUUAGGAUGAUAGUUGACAAAUAAUAGUUUAUGCAUUAUAAAAACACAUAUAGCUGCACAUUACGUGUAGUAUAUAAAAAUACCUAGUUUAUAAAGUAUAUUUGCAAUUUAAAUUAUUUAAUUUUCCCAUCUACCUCAUCGAUUUCACUUGUGUAUGGUAUCUAAUAUAUUAUUACAUUAUAAAUUACGCAAUGCUGUUAUUAAUUGACAUAUUAUGUUUAUUUUUUGUUGACAGUGUUUCGUUAAGUUGGCUCACAAAUAAACUGGGAAAAAAAACAGACCAGCCUCUUGCGAUGGCUACGCUGUUGGGACAUUGUACUUUACCAGCACAGUGUCAACCUAGACAGUAA